AUGGUCAUAUAUCAACCACGUUUCGUAUAUUAUGCGUGCUUAGCAUAUAAGUAUAUAAGUAUACCAGCAUUCACUAGGCCACGGUUUAUUUUUGGCUUAGACGUUACUCAAACUGGCUUUGAUAAAAGCAACCAAAUCAAAAUCGCUUUAUGGAAAACAAAAAUUACCUGUGACACAUCAGCGAACGCACUUGGAAUCUGCAUAUUACUUUAUUUUAUUACCCAUGUCAAUGGAUCAUAUAUUAUACCUUCAGAACUUAUCGGCGAUAUAGAUAACCGGGCUGGAGCUGCAACAUUUAGUCGUGGAAAUACAGUCUAUACUUAUGGGGGAGCAACAUAUAAAGAAGAGUUUUCCAACAUAUUCAGUUCAAUAUCCUUGGUAAACGAUGAAGGAAAACAAAACAUGUUAUAUGAGAUCGUAUACCAGCAAACACCCGGUCCUCUGUGUGCUCGCUCAACUACGGUAUAUUUACCCGAAAGCGACUCUGUUCUAUUAUUUAUUGGACGAUAUCCAGACAACCAAAAAAAUGAUACGCUCAAAGUUUUUAAAUACAAGUUUAACGAGCCUGGUCGUUUCUGGGACGAGAUAAUACUUGCUAAUAACAGUGUGAUCCCAUCAACGCGUAGAGAUUACACCGCGACAUUGGCGACCAAUGGGAAAAUAUAUCUUUACGGUGGCAUUGAAUACGCCACUAACGAUAAACUUAAUCAAUUGCUUGUCUUUGACCCUCUUACCAACCAACUUUCUGACAUAACAAAGUCUCAUCAGAGUACUCUCAAUUCUCAUACAGCAACUGCACUUCCAAAUGGAUUGAUUGUAUUUGUUACCGGGAGUACGAGUGUUAGCACAAGAUCGAUUCUGUCCGCCUUACCGUCGGAAGAAGCAAUUGUAUAUGAUACUAUUAACGAUGCAUUUACCAUUCAAAAGAUUGGCGGGAUUUCGUUUCCAGGAAGAACCAGUUCAAGCGCAAUUCUAGCUCCUGAUCAGAAGACAAUUGUUUUGUUUGGAGGUUUACAAGGGUACGACAUGGCAAAAGAGUCUGUAUGUAAUGAUCUUCUAUUCUUGGACACAUCCACAUGGACCUGGUCUGCUUCACCGAGUCGAGGAUUUCCCCCUGCUCCACGCAAUCAGGCUUCAAUAGGAUAUCUCAAUUCCAAUAAUCUAGUAAUUGCAUAUGGUCAAUCUAUAACAACUUUAAGGAAUGACAUAAAUAUUCUUCAAUUCAAUGGCCAGUCUAUGACAACCUUAACCUGGUUAAGAGAGUUUCAAGCCAUAACAUCCUCUCAAUUAACAGGUGCUAGGCCUUCUAAUAGUCUAGGAGCAGGCUCAAUUUCAGGGAUAGUUAUUGGGUCUAUUGUAGUGUGUAUUAUUCUGAUAGCAUUUAUUUGGAAAACUCGGAGGUAUACACGCUCCUUCUUGGUUAAUGCGUACUACAAUAUCAUCUGGACCCCACGCUCCAGUGAAUCAACCAUACAGACACCAGAUAUUCGUAUAUGCUUUGAUGGAUGGACCAAUAGCUCGGAAACCAGUGCAAACAACCGUCCACAUCUCAUAUGCUCUACUGAUGAAGGGUACGACUGUAUGGAAUUCAUUACACCGCUCAAUAUGACUUUACAUCAACCUGCAUUCUCGGAUCGACUUGGAGAAGUAGACUGCUUCUUAUACGCUGCUCCAAAAUGGUUUGGUCUGACGGAUAAAACAGGAGGGUACGGAAACGGAACUACGCUGAUAAUAUCUCUCUAUGGAAAUAAUACUGUAACUGGCGCAAUCCACACAACAUUCUAUCCGCCUGGCAUGGAUCCUAAUGUGGUGUAUUACAAUAUCACUACAACCGACAUUCGUCAGUUACUCACGCCUUCACAGAUUGAUAGCUGGAUUGUAGCCGAUCUAGAUGACAGAUAUGCCGUUAAUGUGUACAGCAUUUCACCAAAGACUGUAGUGACUUUGGGAUAUCAGAUCCAAGACCAUCAAUAUCUUACAAAUAGUGGCUGGAAUACGAUCGGGUUCUUACCAAUUUACAACCACACUCCAGAAUUGACAACCAACUUUCGCCCCGGUGUCGUAAGCUCCUUUAUUCAAAGCCGAGGAUCCUAUCAUUUGAGCAAUCUUAAGGUUUUUCCAAAUAACUACGCCACAGUCACUCUUCUAGAAGAGAGAAGAUCGACGAUUUUGAGUGUUUUGGGAUCUUUGGGAGGUGUCAUAUCUCUCGCAGUAGCAUUUCAGAUGUGGCUCUUUGGUUUCCGUCCAAACUCUCCGUGGGGGAUCAUUCAACGUUGGUCUAUUGGUCCAAUACGACGCUCGUUUGAGCACAAUCUAGUGAGUCGAUUCGAUUCAAGGCAUACAUCUAUACCACUAGUAGAUUCUGUCUACCACCCAAAAGGCGCCUUUGAUUCGGACAGUUCUCAAUAUCUAAACGAAGCAAAGCUCAAUUUUGAGCGAUCUUCGGAAGAAGAGGAGAUGAUCGACCAGAGGCAACGCUUACUUCGUGUUGAAGAACGCAUGCAGCUAACCGAGACACUAUUAAAUGCGUACUAUGUGAACAGCGAGAUCUUCCAAAAGCUUUCUGAAUCAAUCAAGCAAAGGAAACUUGGAGAUUCUGAUGAUACACUUGCUGUAAACGAAUCUGAACAAAAUUUGAUACAUGAAAGAUUAUAG